GGACAAAGCGGAAGAAAGCGUGGCGGGAUAUUUGGUUAUGAUUGGAUGAAGAAGUUGUGCUUGUCAUCAUCUUGUGUUUGUGAUAGUUUGUGAUAUUUUCUGAGUCAACUUCUUCUUCCAGAUCAUGAACUACAAGAUCAAGAUACAUCUUCAUUGUUAACAACAACAAGUACAACACCUUUUUUACUAGUUUCUCUUUUUAAAAAAUUUUUCAUACCUGCUUUUCUUCUAACUUGCGUUACCAAAAGCGCGCCAAAACGACUUUGCAGUACCGUAAAGUUGGAGGUCGUGUCGUCUCCCAAGACCUCUUGCAACGCUCAUCGAAGCCGCAGGAGUUGAUGAACAGGAUCACGUUUGAGGAGGACCUGUUGCAGAGCAAAGGAGGUUCUGGUGAUUAUAAGGAUAGUUUAAGAGAAGUAGGUCAAAGGUGCUUUUCUUACCGCUUUUUAUGCCUCUCUCCCUUAGGAUGAGAAAGGCAUAACAAGCGGGGUAAGCGAGCACCAAAAACCUACCUCUAAAUAGUGCCGAACACGAAGACGCAGGAGGUGCAGGUAGCAAGAAACUCAACAAAUAUCAGCAGAAGAUGAAAAAGUUGAAUAGGGAAGGAAGUGGAGUUGCUCCUCCACCCGGAGGCCUCACUACCGAUAAAUCCGGAAACCUGCAUCGCUCGCCAAGAAAAAUGCCUGGCGCAACAUUAGAUGCUCACGACCUAUUGAAGAAGAAAUUUCCCACUGCUUCUGCUGCAUCACCAGGUGACCACUCUACUGUAGCUAGCACUACUUUCGGAACGUCAACCAGAGAGGAGGAGGAUUUAUUUGGGUCUGAAUCUGGAAUUAAGGGUACAGGUUAUUUAUUUUGUUGCUUCUUUUACAACCGUUUGAGCUUGUUUUGCCCUUCUUAUAUAUAAUAUUUAUAAGAACGACCGUACGUAGGAAAGGUAUCUAUAACAAUAACAGAGAAAGUAGGAUCGGCAUAACAUGAGACGGUAGGAAGGCAUAACGGACCACGAGAGAGUUCUAUCAUAGAAAAACCAAAACGAAAACUUCCCUACCUCUACUCUACAACCUCUCUUCUCUAAUGGAAGAAAGAAGAAGAAAAAGAGGAAGAAGAGGAACCGGAGAAACAAAGAUUUAG